AUGCGUUGGAUGGGUGAUGCGAGAUGGGUGAAAGAUGGGAGGGUGCGGAGUGAUGCGGGGCGUUACAGUGGGAUUGAGCCAACAACCGCGCAUCCGGUGGCCCACGAACGCACAGAGAAAGUUAACCCCAUUGACCUGUUUGGCAACGGGAAAGUGCUGGAGGGUGGGGAGAAGGAACGGUGGGAGCCCUUAUUCGAGGCUGAGAUCCUGAGAUGCCAGCGUUGCAGCUUUGAAGGGCGAGGAAAAGAGGGAGUUGAGUUGGAUGGUGUUGCGCGUUCUAGCGAUGCAUUCUUCCCGUUGCCAGAUAAUAUGCAUCGUGCACGGAAGAGCGGGAUUAGAUGCCUUGCGGCGCCGAGUGGGAGUGUUAUGGGGAGUAGGUCAAGGCGGUGGAUGAGCACGGGAUUGUGUUUCGGUAACCGUAUUCCUUGA